CGCCCCCGAGCAGACGAACAACAAAAAUGGAGUUGUGAACUAGUAGCAGUUAGCCUCUAAAGGACGUUCAACUUCAAUUUUUUUGUAAUUACCCUUACACGAGUGGACAUUUGCGACUGAAUCGAGGUGUCGUGAUGCGAUAAUAUCACAGACACACGUAGUUUGUGUUUUAUUGCGGUCACAAGAAGCUGUCGGACAGGAAAACAGACUGGUAUAUUGGCUACGACAAAGACAACAGGGCUUAGUGGCUAGCCAGCUAAAACAGUAGCAUCUGCCCGUUUUCACUCUCGCUGUGCUCAGUGCGAGGAGCGUGACUCGGACAGAAAUGGAGAAGGGAGAUUUCCUGAAGGGACUGCCUGUCUACAACAAAAACAACUUCAGCAGAUUUCAUGCAGACUCCGUAUGUAAAGCAUCAAACCGUCGGCCAUCUGUUUAUCUCCCAACCCGGGAGUAUCCAUCAGAGCAGAUCAUCGUCACAGAGAAGACAAACAUCCUGCUGCGAUAUCUGCAUCAACAGUGGGACAAAAAGAAUUCAGCCAAAAGGCGAGAGCAGGAUCAGACAGAUGGGGAGAACAUGGCGCCUCCGCGGAAAAUCGCCAGAACAGACAGUCGGGAGCUGAACGAGGAUUCAUAAAUGUCUGCGCUGUUGAUGCACGCCCAGCAGGGACUGAUCUGUUCAAACAAAAUGCACGCACAGAUGCAGGAUGUAUGUCUGCACACCCAGGCCUUGACACUGAAGCACACAAGGAUCAAUAUGUUUCAGACCACAGACGGCACAACAUUAAUCCCAGAAACACCGGUCCUAAUGUGUGCGUUUGACCUCGGAUUCCCUCCUUAACCAACAGGUCUGUUUGCUACUGUCCCCCAGUGUUUUCUUUACUUCCAAGACACCUCUGCCUCAGAUUUAAGUCUUUGUAGUUUAAAAAUAACUUGCAUCUACCUCCUUAUCCCUCAACCCCCCUGGUUUUCCUUCACUCAUGCACACGCAGCUUUCUUUUCAUUAUGCAGAGAGUAAAGUCAUCGCUCCUCUGCUGCUGUUCAAGGGUUUACAGCAGUAGUCACUCACACCAUCUCCGAAAUAUGCACGAUCUAAGUUAAGUCUAUGUACAUGAUUAAGCGACCGUGUUUUUGUGGCUCCUUCUCCAUUAGGGUUUUGUAGUUUAAAUGAUGUAAGGAGAGUGACCCAUGAGUCUUUAUCUGAGCUCAUCCUUUGUGUGAUCAAUACUGUCACAACAGUGACUGCACUGUUCUUGUUGGUUAGAUUUAAUGGUCCCUUCAGGGUUUGUCAUGGAAGACACAAGUUCUGAAAGAAAUUGUUUUUUUUUCUCCAGAUGAACAAUGAUUUAUUGCCUUAAAUAGAAGUGAGUGUGUUUUCCUCAUGUCUUAGAGGGGCCCCUUGGUUUACAUCGCUGUUUCAGGUAAAGAAUAUAAUGAACCACUUUCGAGCUGAAUGGAUAUUAGCAUGUGUUUUUGAUAAGGAUGUUCAAAUGUUCAAAGCCAAUACAGUCAUACCGGAGGAUGCAAACAGUUUUUGUACAGUGUGACCUGCAGAUUUUGUAGCCAUAUUCUAAGUUUAACGCUUAGUAGUUCGAAAUCGGCGCUUUAUAAGCAGCAGUUGUUAGCAGAAUAUUUUAUGAAACAGGUGUGUAAUGAUGUGUAGGCUACGCGUAAAGACUGCUGUCAAUCCUUGAUAUAAAUGUGCCAUUCACAUUUGCUGAACCAGGUUGAUAAUUUGAGUCGUAAUGAGGGAGUGUGUGUUGAUCUGCAUGAUUUUGACAGCAGGGCUAAAUAAACACAAUCUGUGUUUGCUGCUCAUAAAGUCGGUGAGGCUCGUUGUUAUGCUCCACAAGUCUUGUAUAUUUGUACAGUAUGUAUAUUGUGAGCGUUCUGACCAUUUAUCAGGAAGCAAGACAGUGACUCACUCUGACUUUUUCCUCCCCAUGUUAGCCGUAUUUGUUUCUGUUACACUGGGGAACCAAAACCAACAAACAUUUGACUCAAUGACCCUCUGAAAUAUCACCUUUUGUGCGUGGUUCAAGAGUGCGUAUACCAAAUUUUCAACUAGAAUGUCACUCUGUAGAGUGCGUAACUCCACCAAGGCCCGACUUCCACAUUAAUUCAAUCAAGCAAAAUUUUAACCAGCCCAGAACUGCUUUACUAUAAUUUAAGUUCUUCAGAUCUACAUAAAAUUGUACUCAGCCAUUGAUACCAGCCACCGAAAUAUGCCAGAUUUUUUUUGUCAUCAUGAUCCAUACAUUAUUCCCAGAGGAAUUAGCAAAAAUGUUGUCAAUCUUGCAGUGUUAAAGGUGCACUAUGCAGUUUUGGGGAUGAAAAAGGGAUCAGAACAGAAAGAUCAUUGACAGGAAUCUUCAUUGACUGAUUUCUUCUUGUUUUUUUAUGCCCAAAUGCUUCGUUUUCAUGACUGAAUAAACAAACUGGCAUUAACAGACAACACAAUUUCAUACCGUUUUACUUUGUUUAUAUGUGGUGGACCCUGCCACCUCUCCAGCUUCACACAGUGCUCUGGGAACAGCUUGUUCAUAAGUUAUGGAUUUUUAAAUUUAUUUCUGAGUUCCUAUUAUUACCUUCUUUAAUAUCGUAACUAUUAAAAUUCAGAGUUUAAUUUCCUCUCCAACACCACACAGUGCCCCUUUAAAGAAAGAGGGAAAAUAUUCCUGGAAUUCAGUUCUCUAAUUUUAGUUUAAUCGUGGCAACAAACAACACAAACCCUCUUUUGGCAGUUAAUAAUAAUGUUUGGCAGGACUGUCAGUUGAGUCGAUUAGUCACAUUUGUACUUUUGUUACAGAUUGCUGUUCAAAAGUGACAGUAUUUGUUCAGCUUGGCUGCGCGUGUCAGAUGAGUCAACUAGAAUACACACCGUAUGUUCAAAUUUAAACCAGAUGAAUGCAAUGUUUUGUAUUACCUUCAUAGAAGAGUGCUUCACUUUUUGUUAUAUGGUUUGUUUUCCACCCCCUGAAGUGUGAAAUAUGUUUAUUGUUAAAUGCUUUGCUUUGAGUUUAUUGUAUAAUUGUAUUGUUGUUGAUUUCAGGUCUUGUUCUUGUACAGAUUACACUAUACAGUAAAGGCUGUGACUCAUAGUAAACAACACUGAAGAAAA